AUGGCCUUCCAAAUGUUGGACAAGGACGGCGAUGGGCAGCUGACCCAGGCAGAGGCCUGGCGCCUGCUGGCCUUCGUCAACGGAAAUGGCGGCACCUGGCGGGCGCUGCGCCGCUUUGUGGCGGCCAAGCUGUCGGGCGGGCUGCAGCGGCGGCCGCCGCGCGCGUCGGACCUGGCGUGGAGCGCGCUGGGCAUGGCGGCGUUCAUUGGAGCACUUGCGUUGCUGGCGGGGCGAGCGGGGUCGCUGCCUAUUGUGGGGCCGGCGCACCAGCGGGGCCUGCCGCUGCUGCUGGGGUCCUUUGGGACGAUGGCGGUGCUGCUCUUCGCCCGCCCCGAUGCGGAGCCCGUGCGGCUGUGGCCAGUGGUCGGCGGCCAGCUGGCGGCGGCGGCGAUAGCAGUGGCAUGUCUUAAG